GUAUUUUUGUCCAGCCCUGAUUAUCUUUGACUUGUCUCUCUUGCUCUCAGACUGGUGGGAUUUUUUGAUAUCCCUCCUGCCUGUUUCUCAUUCCAUUGCCUUCCCUCAGCACUCAGCGUUGCUACUGCCAGCAAGUGACACGCUGAAAUAGAAAGCACUGUGCUGUCAUGAUAAAGCUCAAAACAAGAUCUUCCAUAUUGUGUUUUCAACACGGUGUAGAAGAAUCGUACAGCACAAUUAUUCUUUCGUAGCAGUAACAGUGUUCAAAGGGUUUGCAUUUUACACGUGGACCUGUGAGCACAAGUGAAUUUCUAUUUCUGGCGUGCAACAGGUGGUAGCACACUGAGUUCCUCACUGUACUAAGCAGCUCAGUAAACUAUCACAAGGGCUUCUGAAUGCGCCAUGGGAAUGAAGCAUGGUGCUUUAGGUUGUGGCACGUUUUCCUCCUGCCCAGCUCUCUUUCCUGCGUCCUGAUAAGCACGGGCACUUGGUCUGGCAUUAAAACAAGGAGAAACACAAGGCCCUAACUAAACAUAGCUGAAACAUGAAAAAGGAUUCUGAAAGCUUUUCAAUACUUCGCUAAUGCACUCAGCUGUAAUAAACCCAUUUCAUUUCCUCUACUGACCUACUAUCUGGAACAGACCGUAACAAGUGAUAAUCACUGCUGUAAGUGCCGUCCUGUGGUUCUCAAACUGUGGGGUGGGCCCCCUGGUGGAGAAUAGAGGCACCACAGGGGAAGGAGCCACAUUAACUUAAUUUAUUACAGUUUAAGCAGAGGAGGCAGACGCAUGAGAGUUUCCUGAUGCUAUUAUUAUUAGUUUUAUUUCAAUAAAAUUACCAGAAAAUAGACAUUAUAGUUUGCAAACCACUGGACUGCACUGAUAAUCUCUCACAUCAUACUUACAGAUGAUAUACUGCCGGCUACCAGCACAGUGAACUUGUCGUGUACAAGAUGGCAGGAUGAUCUGCCCUUACCUCCAGAUUAUGUUGCUGUCAACAAAUCUCUGUAAAAGGCCAAACUUAACAGUGAAGCCACCCUGCUCAUUAAUUGCCACGUUUUCUUGUUCCUUUAUCUUGCAGAUCUGCAUUUUUGUCAGCGGAAGCACUGCGUGCCGUGUUUUUACCCUGAACACGGUCACAACUGUUUACAUGCAUGCUCCUUCGAGUCCCUUUGUACUACAAGCCUGCCGUCUGUAUCAGUUCUGCAGCUGAAAACAGUCCACACAUAUACUGCAUAUAAAUAUAUGCAUUAGCUUACAGCACCCAGAUGUUGAAAGGAAAUUAUUUAGUCUUUAAAUAAGACUGAAAUGUUUGGUGAUGAGUAAAUGCUAUGGACACAAAAGACAAAUCUACUGUGGCUUACAAGUUAAAAAUAGUAUUUUGUUUUGACAUACAGAGAAGACUUGAGCCAUCAAAUUUAAAUCAGCACAUGUGAUGCAGGGAUGAAGCUUUCCAGCAUUAACUCACAUUAAGCACAUCAAGCUAAGAGUUGCACCCAAACAAGCCAGUCAGUCUUUGUAGCUUCGUCAACUUCUUAAGAGUAAGAAGUUCACGUUGUUGUUAUUUCGAAGUUGCGUUGGCUCAAGACUAAAACUACAUAGAGUGUGUAUGUGAGACAACUUCAACAGGAUAGCUGGCCUCAGGUCUCCGAGCCACAAACAGGGAGGAAAAGCCUGAAAAUAAGAAAUGUUGAUAUCACAUUUAUGGAGUAAUCCCUUAAUAUGAAUAUUCAGAAUUGGCAUUACAAUGUUCUCUUCAAACCCCGCUGACAAUGUGAAUCGGGGUGAAAUUCACCAUCACAGCUGAUUCAUAAUGGUGAAUUGAAUUAACUGCUCAGCAUCGGGGCUACCUUCCUGACAUCUUGUACACUAAUCUUUACACACAUGUGUUUUUACUAAAGCUCAAUCAGCCGGAGAAACGUGUGUCUAACAGAUCCUUUUUCAGUUCACUUGGUUCUGACACGUAGGUGUUGUAGCAUUCAUGCGCCUGCUUGUCAGACACUGUGUGCAUGUGUGUGUGUGCACGUCUACGUGGCAGUAGCGAUCGGCCACGACUUCGAAACUACAGUGACUAAACAUCCACCUUUCCUAACGCGAGCCCGUACGAGGUAGGCACGGUCACCUCACUUUCUUAGGAGCAGCAUAAUUGCGUUUUCUUAUUCGCUUUGCAUCUACACAAAUGUGUGGCCUCCAGGAAGUUGGCAGGAAAAGAGAAAACAAGCAACAAACAGCAAGAUAAGAGAUAUCUGGACAGUAGACAGUGCAUGCGUUUAGUGCAUGGAGACCAACUUUCCAUAAAAUGAACAACAGCGGUAGUAAAAUAGAGAGUUUAUUGUUAAUAGGAUAAACACACUCCUCCGGUACACAGCAUAAAACCCCACCCAGGUUUGCAGUACCAGUCUCCUCCAUCCCCUACUGUUUGUCCAGCAUGUUAAUAGUUAACCAGAUCGAUACACGCUGUGUGUUGGUAGUUCCACUUUAUACCCCGUUCGUCCUAGGCGUCACUGUGCCGCCUGAACUCUGCAUGCAAAGUCACAGUCAAGUCAAUGAACUCUUUCUUUCCUUAAGCUAUAAAGCUACAAAAUCGACACGAAUACACGGAAAUACCACAAGUACGGGAUGAACCUUCAUUAAGUUUCAUGCUCAUGAUGUAAAGGCAUGUUUUCCAAGAAGCCUGUGAUAUUUUUCUUUCUGCUUCCUCAACUUACGCAAAGAUGGGACUCGUGGCUGGAUUCCAGUGCCCAAAUAUGACUUAUAAAUUUGCUUAGAGCAAUGAAAAUCCAAGCCACAGUUACACUUGUUUUGUGUUUUGUUUUGUUUUUCUCUCUGUUUGUUUUUUGUUUUGCUCACCAGUCAGACCUCCAUAACUGCGCCCACGUUUUUGAGCGCCGAAGCAUUUUUUUUUGUUAAGAAAAUCUAUCGAUUUUAAGUGCUGCUGAAGUAGAAGCUCUCCAUCCUUCUCGCCCACUGAAAGUAGCAGAGGGGGAUCAGGUGUCAGGAGUGCAUGAAUGACCUCAAUACCAAGGCAGGAAGGAACCACUCCAUACUUGCAGUUUCUUGAAAUCGCCGGCGUUCAGCACGUUCAGUACUCGUACUUUGGAUUCCAGCGGCCUUUCAUUCAUAAAAUAAACGUUAAAAGCCCAAGAGCAAAGAAUUAUCGAGCGCGUAUUUAUUCAUUCUCCUCGCUCUGCUAUUUAAACCCUGGCUUGUGACCCGGUGCAGUCCCUUUCAAGAUUGAUGGUGUUGUUUUGCAGCCAGAGGUAACUGGAGGUUAUGCUCACAUCUGUUCUCUAUAACUCAAUCACUCGCUCAGACUGUAAGACGGACUCAACACAUACUUUGGCUUUUUUCCCCUUUAUUCAGUCCUACUUUUUUCCCCUACAGCUACAUCUUUGUUUAUAUUAAUCCUCCAGUCUGCAGAGUAAACUCGCCUCAUUCUUUGCUGGUCAUAAACAGAGUAAUUAUCAGGCACUCAGACCUGGACAGCAAUACACACACACACACACACACUCAUGCUCUGCUUGCACACUUACGAGGAGGCGUAAGCAGAAAAAAGGAAAAGGCUACUGGCGUGAUAAUAAAGGACUUGUUGGCUGGGGUUACUAGAGGGCAACGGCCGUAACUCCUCUCCCUGUCUGUGUGAAAGGAAGCGAGAGAGAGGCACAGAAAGACAGAGUGAGACAGGAAUCAUGUGGCUGGAGUGCGUUGUGUCCACUGCUCAGUGUUGAAAGGGAGCAGCACCCAAGAGGAGGAGGGGAGCGCGGAUACUACAGCUUCAAACUGCUGCACACAUUGUCUGGCUUCUCUUAUUUUCCCAACUUUUCUCGAACUGACAAGUCAAGUCGGCUGUGAGACGAGCCCACUGGGGCGCAUUUUUGGAAAACUUGUUUCCAUCCAGGCAGCAAAAAAGGAUCUGGCGCCCUGAAUAUGGAACUGGAUGAGGACUGUACGCUGUCUGACUGGGAGGCCAUGCUGGAGCUGGAUGAGGCGUUGGCAUUGUGGGUUCUGCAGGGUCCAGCUAGAGGGGAAUGGGGUUGGGAGUGGGGCUGGGCUGCCUCAGACCUUCAAGACCCCGAGUGGGACAGUGAGGAGAUUCCUGCUGUGCUGAGCCCGACAUACAAGCAGCGCAAUGAGGACUUUAGGAAACUCUUCAAGCAGCUCCCUGACACAGAGAGACUCAUUGUGGACUACUCCUGUGCUCUUCAGCGGGACAUCCUCCUGCAGGGACGACUCUACCUCUCUGAGAACUGGAUCUGUUUCUAUAGCAACAUCUUCCGCUGGGAAACGCUGCUGACGGUGCGGCUAAAGGACAUCUGCUCAAUGACAAAGGAGAAGACCGCCCGGCUCAUUCCCAAUGCCAUCCAGGUCUGCACGGACACUGAGAAGCACUUCUUCACCUCGUUCGGAGCCAGGGACAGGACGUACAUGAUGAUGUUUAGACUGUGGCAGAAUGCGCUGCUCGACAAGCCUCUGUGCCCCAAAGAGCUCUGGCACUUUGUUCAUCAGUGCUAUGGCAACGAGCUCGGCCUGACCAGUGACGACGAGGACUACGUUCCUCCCGAUGAUGACUUUAACACCAUGGGGUUCAGUGAGGAGAUUCCCAAUGAGGAGAACGAGAUCAACAAUGAUAACUUGUCCAAGAACAACGUAGAAGCCAAGCCUGAAGGGAGCCCUCCUCCUGUACAAAAGAAGCUCAUCCCAAACAGCACCAUCCCCACCCCUGGCAACCACGAUACCAUCACAUUUGACCUCCCAGCUGAGGAAUAUGCAGACUGCCUGCCAGAUGGUGAUCUGCUGGCUGUCCCUCUGGUGGUGGAGGAAAAGAAUGAGACCAGUGGGCCUGCUGGUCCUGUCCCAUCACCGUCACUGGACUUCAAUGACAAUGAAGACAUCCCCACUGAGCUCAGUGAUUCUUCAGAAACACACGACGAGGGAGAGGUACAAGCCUUCCAUGAGGAUCUCAAUGGCAGGCAGCAUAUCAAUGAGAUCUACAAGUUCAGCGUGGACAAGCUGUAUGACAUCCUUUUCACGGAGUCUCAGUUCAUGAGUGAUUUCAUGGAGCAGAGGCGAUUCUCAGAUAUAGUGUACCAUCCAUGGAAGAAGGAGGAAGAUGGGAACCAGACCAGAGAAAUCAUGUACACCAUCUCUCUGUCCAACCCCCUGGCUCCCAAAACAGCCACAGUCACUGAGACACAGACUCUAUACAAAGCCAGUCAGGAGAGUGAGUGUUACAUCAUUGAUGCUGAGGUCAUCACACACGACGUCCCCUAUCAUGACUACUUCUACACUCUCAACCGCUACAUGCUCACGAGGGUGGCCAAGAACAAGUGUCGGUUACGGAUAUCAACAGAGCUGCGUUACAGGAAACAGCCAUGGGGGCUGGUAAAAGGCUUCAUAGAGAAGAACUUCUGGAGUGGGCUUGAAGAAAACUUCCGCCAUCUUGAGUUGGAGCUGUCCAAGCUGGAGGAGAUACUCAUGGAGACUCACCAGCUGUCUCCAAAGGCAAAAGUGGUGAAGAACUCCACGGUGAGGCGCAAGAAGAGGCCGCUUCCCCACAUGCGCAGCCAGCAUCUGGAUGAGGCCCUCAGCCCCGUUACCACGCCGACAGAUGAGGAAGUGAUCCAGAGGAUCAAACACGUGGCCGGCUCCACGCAAACGAGACACCAGAGUCCAGAACACCUGCCCGGAGGCUUCGCUCUGUACAGCGUCUCCAAACUGCUGCUCAUCAUCAGCUUUGUGAUCUGUCUCAGCCUGGUCCUGCUUGUGUUCCUCAACAUGAUGCUUUUCUACAAACUGUGGAUGCUGGAGUACUCUGCGCAGUCCUUAACAACCUGGCAAGGUCUGCGGUUUCAUGAAAGUAAACUGCCUCAGACGCAGAUGGAGUGGGCCCAACUCCUGGAGGCACAACAGCGGUACCACGAUGCUGAGCUGCAAAAGUGGAGGGAGAUUAUCAAGUCAUCCGUAGUGCUGCUGGACCAGAUGAAAGACUCUUUAUUGAACCUCCAGAGAGGCAUUGGUUUAAGGGACUACCCCUCUGAGACUGAGGAGAAGCGCAGUCGCUAUCACUGACACACUACCAUCAGGCCAUGAGGGCAUGCUGUGCAAUACGGGACCUGUUUUCUUUUUGAACCAGUAUGCCGUCAGCGGCAAGACAGAGAGAGAACAGAGAGGGGUGAUGGGACCAAUAGUGAGCGGAUCCAUGGACAUAAAGAGAGGAACAGUCAUCUCUAGCGUAUGGAAGUUAAAACCACCCCCAGAGGAUGAAACCACGGACAGAAAGGGUCCCGAUCACACACAGGAAUCGAGCUAUCCCCAACAAGAGGAGGUGCAAGACUUGCUUCCUCUAAACACCUUGGGGAUAACCGUUUCCUUCUACUCUCUUUAUUUCCAAGUGCAUCCUACUGUAAGCCAUGUGAGCCAGGAGCGUGGCGGAGAGAGCGAAGGAAAACUACUGCAUGCAUUUAGACAACCUAUCUCCCCUCAGUCAGUGUUAAUGUGGUCCAGUUCCAGUCUAUGUGUGUCUGAAAAAGAACAGAAGAAGAGGAGAGAUUGAGUCAAAGAAAAGGGGAGGGGGAUCCUUUUGAGCCUUAACGGCUUUCUACACUCUCCGACUGUUCCAAAUCAAUCGUACCCUAGAGGUCCUCGCUGCAGCGUCCCUUCAGUAAACCUCCAGGUGAUCAGAGGACAGGUUCACUCCACGAGAAAAGACGUAUUGUAGCUGGGAGAUCAGCUUCACUGAUCAGCCCUUAUUGCCUUGUUUGAGCCUGGACUGUGUGGUUUCUGUCCGGGCUGGUUCCCUGACAUACCGAUGAGUAGAGCGUAAGAUUGAUAAGAUGCGAUUCGCAGGCUCGGUUUCUCCCGUCACAGUGUUACCUACCUUAUGUCACAUUAUUUCUCAUCCUUCUGAUGAAGUCGAAUGUAUUAGUCUGGGGGGAAAAAGAAAAAAAAAAGGCUGGACUUUGAUCACAACUUGAUAAACUUUGAAACGGGGACGCUGCAGCUAGACCGACCAGUAGGGAGUCCUGUGUUCUUACAUGUUUUAUUACUAAACUGUGAUUAUAUCUCUUUAAAAAUGUUUCAGAUCGGAAAGAGG